AUGGAAGUCCAUGUGGAAAGUGCGAAUCCUGACAUGUUACCCAAGUCCUGCUAUGUGAGUGUGCGCGUGGGCGAAGUGCUCAAGCAGGGCAGAUACGAACCUCAGAGAGCCUACACUUUCCCGGCAAUCGAUCGCCGGCGCGACGUGCGCAUCGACGUCUACCAGCACGUGGGCAGUUGCAUCCUGUCCGCCGAGCCGGACAGCGCUUCCAUUCAUGAUGUCUUUGCCACCAGCACCCACCCGGAUUUCCCGGCCAUGAAGUUCAAGGUGAGUAUGUCCACGCGGUCCGAGGAGGUCCAAAAGUCCAAGACCGAUCGGGCUGCCAAAAUGAAAGGGAGAGCCAAGGAGUAUCUGGGAAAGCAUCGAAUCGAAGAAAAGCUUUCCGAAGCCGUCAAGGCCGUGGGCGCUGAGCAGCCUGCUGAUGCUGUCGACUUCGUUUGCAAAUACUUGGCCGGCACAAAGAAGGACUCGGACAAGGACAAGCAGCUGCCGCCUUUGGCCUCCGGCAGCACCAAGGCAGCCUCCCGGCCCCUGCAGAAGGAAAAGGAGCCCGACAAGCCUGGCGAGGAAUCCUUUGUCACCAUCGACGGGACGUCUGGGCCGCCUCCGAGCACGGAAGCUGAGGAGGACUGGGACCGGGUCACGGACCCACGGAACAGCGAUUUGCCAGCCGUGCGAUCGCAAGUUUGCCAGCUUCUCGUCGAGGCUGCGGAAAAUGGGCAGCUGGAGUCGGCUCUGAGGGACGCAAAGACCGACCCACAGCAGGAAGCAGCUAUGAACGGAGUCCGAAUGAAGACAGCGAACCUUCUCAUGCAGGCGGCAGACAAUGGCGACCUGGAGGAGGCCAUACGCCAGAUCCAGGAAGGACCUCAGAACGAUCAAGUCCGGCUCAAGGUGGCCAACUUGCUUAUGGCGGCUUCAGAAAACGGGGACCUGCACAAGGCUCUUACGGAGAUAAAGGAAAACAAAACUGGCGACAAGAACAUGAGUAAGGAUGAGGCGCGUGAAAGAGCCGCCGGCUUGCUCAUCGAGGCUGCAGAGAACGGGACGUUGGAGCAGGCGUUGGCCGAGCUCAAGACCCCGACAGCCGACGAGCUCACUACGAGGGUUGCCAAGGCUCUUUUCGAUGCCAUGCAGAAUGGAGAGCUGGAGAAGGCGGAGACCCCGGCCAAUUCCGACCCAACUCCAGCCGAUCCAGCUCCGGCUGACCCUGCUCCGGCUGAGCUGGAAAAGCCAUCCCAGGCCAGCAAGGAGCUUGAGGGAAAGGCCGAAGUCGUAGAAGCCGUGGUGCGGAUGGUGCUUCUCCCCUCAGCAGUGGCAUUUCCACUGCGCCAGCUUGUGAAGCUUUGCCUCAUCAUCGUGCAGGCCACCUUCCUUCUCUACUUCGCAUAUGCUGCCUAUGACAUCCGUCUACACGCCAUCCGGACGUUUGGGCACAUCAUCCACGAGUUUGAUCCGUGGUUCAACUACCGGGCUGCUGAGUACCUGGCGCAGCACGGGCUGUCCAAGUUCUUCAAAUGGUACGACUACAUGUCAUGGUAUCCGAUCGGGCGCCCCAUAGGCACGACGAUCUACCCUGGAAUGCAGAUGUGGGCCGUUGGCAUUUGGGAGGUGCUGAAGCACGUCCCAGAGAGGAAGGUCCCUUUGCCUUUCAUCCCACCCCUCCGGCCGGUGGCAUCUUGGGCACGGAGGAACGGCUGGCCGUUUAUCCCUUCGCCACUGAAGUCCACCAUGGCUGUUGGGCCAAUGUCAGUUAAUGACAUUUGUUGCAUGAUCCCACCAUGGUUCGGCUCUGUGGCGUCGAUCUUCACUGGCUUGCUGACCUACGAGAUCUCACGCAGUGUGAACGCCGGCCUUAUGGCUACUGGCAUCAUGGCUGUCAUUCCAGCCCACAUCAUGCGUUCAGUUGGAGGGAAGUUCGACAAUGAGGCUGUCGCCAUGACCGCCAUUUGCAUGACGUUCUGGUUGUGGCUGUUGUCUAUCCGCAGUCCUAGAUGGUGGCCGGUUGGAAUCUUCACUGGGCUGUCAUACAUCAACAUGGUGGCGGCAUGGGGGGGCUAUAUCUUCGUGCUCAACAUGAUCGGGGUCCACGCUGUAAUGCUGGUGCUGCUGGGCCGCUUCAACAGUGGUGCCCACAAGGCGUAUUCGCUUUUCUACAUCAUCGGAACAGCUGGUGCCGUUCAAAUCCCAGUGGUGGGAUGGCAGCCUUUGCGGUCCCUCGAGCAGAUGGGUCCACUGCUGGUCUUUGUUGGCUACCAGGUCCUGGCAUUUUGCGAUUACCAGCGUCAUCGAAAAAAGAUGGACACCUGGGCCUUCGUCAAAUACCGCAUCCUGAUGUGUGUUUUGGCUGGCCUGGCUCUCAUUGCCGUAGCAGUGAUGCUCUACCCCACCGGUUACUUCGGUCCACUCUCUUCCAGAAUUAGAGGUCUUUUUGUGAAGCACACCAAGACCGGCAACCCGCUUGUGGACUCUGUGGCCGAGCACCAGCCUGCGAACCCCAAGAUCUAUGCUUCGCACCUGGGACUUCCGUUGAACUACGUCCUUUUCGGUGGACUUGUUUCCGCCUUCAACCGAAACAACGGCUUCUACUUCCUUUGCCUCUACGGCUUCAUUCCUCGGUCACUUCGGUCAGGGUUUUCGCUACCUGCCGCCAUGGAUUCGGUUCUUUCAGUCUUUCGCGAAGCGGACGUGGAGAAGCUGCCCAGAAGAAGGGUCCUGCAGCUCCUGCAGAUGAUGGGAGCGGAGAAGAUGGAGACUUUUGUCCCGCUACUGGACGCGUACGCAGAAGGCCAAGCCAGUCCUGCAGAAAGCGAAGAUAUUCGGCUGCCACAUUUCCUCGCGUGGCUCCGAGAUCCCUGCAGCAGUGACGCGACUCAAGAGGACCCGAUCGCCGCUGAGCGAAACGUCGUGGACGCAUUAGCGCACCGCGGAGUCACUCUCCGCAGUGACUUGGAUGUUGUAAGCUGUCAAGAGAUGCUUAGACAUCAGAUAGUGUCCUUCAAUCCCUUGAAACAGCCGAGUGCGUACACUGCACUUGGUGCUUGGAUGACGGAAGGCACGGAUCCUCAGCUGACCGGGGUGUUGCAUGUCGCUUUGGAGGGGCCUUGUGGCGUUUAUGUGCCGGAGGCUAUGCCCCACUAUGAUCUGGAUACCACCAGGACCGUUGAUGUUGUUUGGCAAGUCAUCAUUCCAGAGACUGCAGAGAAGGGCUGCUCCUAUGCAGACUUACUCCAAAGCAGCGAGAAGCGCCUGCCAGACAAAAUGGUGUCGCAUAACUGGGGGAAUCUAUUCUCUCACUUGAUGGCAGCGCUCUUUGCCGAUGCAGCCGGCAAGACGAGCUUCCGAACGGUGCUCUCAUGGAUGCGAUUGGGUUCCCCAGGCUGGGACCUCAUCGAGGCUGAAGUUCAGGACGCGGGGCAGUUGGACUCCAGCCGUUGGCUCUGCAUUUUUGCGGUGAAUCAGCACGUUUCCAUCUGUGAUAAGACGUGGGGUGGCAAGGAUUCGGUCCUUGGCCGGCCGUAUAUACCGUGUGGAUGCAGGAAGGAGAAAGUUCACUCAGGCAUUUUCUGCGAGAUGAACAAGUUCGAUGCGAUGAUCGCGCUUUUCCAAGAGCGACAUCCACACUACGAACAUGUGGUGGCUGUAGAUGACGGCCUUUACGUUCUGACUCGAAUUUGGGUCAUUGCCGAGAUCGCCGAGGUCUUCCGGAACCGACUGCCCUGCAAAGUAGUCCUGCUGCAGCCACGUGGCAUUGAACUCUUGGGCCGCGUCAAGGCGAUGGACGUCCGGGAUGCCCAGGCAAGUCGCCCGGAAGAUGUUCACAUGAUCCUUGAGAAGAUAGUGGACAAGACAGAGUUCAACGAGCGCACCAGAUCUGCGCUCAUGAAAGUGGCCUACCUGGCAGGCCUAGAGCUCCGAGUUGAGAUGCGAUACCAAUUGCGUGGCAUCUCCUCGCAGCACGCAGAGGCUGAGUUCAUGAGGCAGGUGGAGAUGACCCGCCAGAAGUUGAAGGAGGCGUCCAGCUUUGACGAGGUCCAGCAGGCUUAUGGGGAUUUCGAGAAGCAAACCGAUCAGUUGGCCACAGACGAGGACCAGACAAAAAUCCUGCAUUUCUGUGAUUUGCUGCAGAAUGUCGACCUGAUGCAGCCUGAGCUUUUCAUCCGUACCUACCGUGAAGCCGCCAUUCCAGAGUCUGGCUUCAGGCUGGGGAUGACCGAUAAGGAGGUCCUGCAGGUGUUCUGGGCGAUGCGGGCAUCAGUGCGGAGCAUGCAUCAGCUGCCGCAUGUGUACGUUAAUGGUCCUGCAAUUCUGGCAGCUUUGGCGAAGUUGAAGCAGCCCCAGGCAUCCGUUAUCUGCGUCACUUGCACACCCCAGUCAGAACACGUGGUCUUCGGGAUGGGAAAGCGUGUCCAGAUGAAAGAGCACAACUUGGCGACGCACAUGGUCACCUUGGUCAACCGCAGCACGGAGGAGGGUGCUUGCGGAGUCAACAUCUAUCGCGGCUUCGAUGAGCCUUCUCUCUCGUACCAAGGCCCCUUUACGGCGGAGGCUGUUGCCAGCUUUGUGGUGGAAGAGGCCCUUCCACUCUUUGGUGUACUUCACGAGGCGAACCGCGUGCAUUAUCUCGUCAAGGCAAGGGCUGGGCUUCUGACUGUUUGGCUUGGCCCAUCUGGGGAGCUGCAAGACGAGCGCGUGCUGGUUGCGUCAGCUGCGAUCAAGCAACUGGCGACUCGCUUCCCUGACAUCCCCUGCUGCCUGCUGAAUUCAGCCUUUCUGGAUGCCGAUGUGCUGACCCGCUUUCUGCACACAAGUGACACUCGUCGUGAAGAAGAGGAUGGUGAUAGUGAGAACGGAUUGCCGACGGCUGUCGCGGUGCUCUUCUUGGGCCAGCUAUCUGGCGGGAGAGCCCGCUGUGAGAAACUGACGUCGGAAGCCCUGAAGCGCUUUGUUUGCCCACUUCAGCUGCCGCUGAGAAGCGCAGACAGGCUGCAGGCAUUCGUCGAAGGCGCCCGGGAUGGUGCGUUGAAAGGUGAGGACAUCUCUUCCACAACACCCUUGCUGGGCGAAACCUUCGCCAAGAAGCUGGAUCAAGGACUCGCUGCAUAUUUGGACAGAGUGCCGUGUGACGACACGGAAGAUGAGGAGCUCUCCCCUGCGUCGCACUUCUCUGGCAAGAUGUCGCGACUGGUGCUGAUAUGUGGCCCGAUCGUGUCUGUGGCCUGUGGAAUAUGGUGCGGCUUCCUCCUGGACAUGAUCGUAGAACCGUUCUUGCUGCUGCUGGGCAAGAAGGGUUACGGACCCCCCGCCGCUUCAGUGGACGACACACCGAAGUCCGGCAAAGGAAAGGCAGAGAAAGACAAGGGAGACAAGUCAGGAGGAAAGGACAAGGAUGCAAAGAAGAAGAGGAGCUUCAAAGAGCAAGUCCCUGAGCUGGAAGAGCAUGAAGAGGAGCUGCGCCCUGGUGGCGCAAUGCAGUUGAAGCGCAUGUUCAAAGGCUACUGCUGGAAGAUGCUUCCGGAAAAUUCUGUGGAGGAUGUCCGAGCUGCCCGCUAUGCGUUUGACAGCAAGCCACUCCUGCUCUUGUUCCGAGCUGCGGCCUCCAUCGUGUUUGUGUGGUACAUGCUCACCAUGAGCGAGCUCCGAUCAGAAAUUCCAGACUUUGUGGAACGAUGCAAAGCCAUUGGAGAGCAGGUUGCGAGCCCCACGGUCAUGUAUGCCGUUAGGCAGAAGGAUGGCAGCAAUUACAUCGUGGAUGAUUACUACAAGGGCUACAAGUGGCUCGAGAAAAACACCGCAGAAGAUGCCCGAGUCAUGGCCUGGUGGGACUACGGCUACCAGAUCACCGGCAUUGGAAACAGGACUUCCAUUGCUGACGGAAACACCUGGAACCAUGAGCACAUAGCGACGCUCGGGCGAACACUCACAAGCGAGGUGAAGCGAGCGCACAAUGCAAUUCGGCACCUGGCCGACUAUGUUCUUGUUUGGGGCGGCGGGCAGCGAGAUGAUCUGGGCAAAUCGCCUCACCUCGCCAGGAUCGGCAACUCUGUUUUCCCAGACCAUUGCGGCGAUGACGAUCCGAAAUGCACGAAAUUCGGCUUCUAUGCAGAUCGGUCACCGACGCCGAUGAUGGAGAAGUCGCUGUUGUACAAGCUGGUGGAGCACAACAACAAGAAGGGUGUGCGAGUGAACGAGCGCUACUUCAAGCACGUGCACACCACCAAGCACGGCCUCAUGCGAAUCUAUGAGGUGCAGAACGUCUCCCAGGAAAGCAAGGACUGGAUAGCAGACCCGCAAAAUCGGGUUUGUGACGCCCCGGGGAGCUGGUACUGCGUCGGCCAGUACCCCCCUGCCCUGAGCAAGCUGAUAGCGAAAAGGCGAAACUUCGCACAGAUUGAGGACUUCAACAAGAAGGGCGAGAAAAGCGCCUACACUCGCCUCAUUGAGAAAGAGAAGGGCGAGCUGUGA